GGCCUUCCUCAUAAACACGUUUUAGUUACAAUACAACUUUGAGAAAAACAACGUUAUUAUAUAGCCAAGAGAAGGGGAUAUGUACGCACUGGUUGGAGUAACUUCGCCGUUUCGACGAUAAAACUUUCAGUCAGAGUCUGACGCUCAUCCGGAGUGCAUGUGUUUUUUUUUUUAUUCAGCUUCUUCACUCAAAACGUGAUUACGAUAUUUUAAGUGAUUGAACUUUACGUGAAGAAGACACAACAGCUGUGAAUUAACUGCGGGAUAUUCUAACUCGAAAUUUCCGCUGUUGCGAUCACGUGGUCUAGUCGUCUUUAUCGACCAGAGUUGUGAUACAGCUGAGCUGUCAUUGGGUUUAACCAGCACCACGUGAUCCCUGACGUUUCCCUGGUGGAGUGUCCCCCACCUCCUGGAAAAACGUGUAUACAGGGCCGGUGGUAGGCUCAGUCCAGUGAGAUAACCCAGGAGAGCCCCCAGAGGGACAAAGGAUCUCAAGGGCGUACACAGCACGUCAAUUUCGCCCGUGAAAGUGAAAAAAAAAACCAUAAAAAUCGUUAAACAAUAGAUACCACAUCCUGGUGGUGAAUUCGAGGGUUUUCGUCACUUCCUGGGGAUCACUUGUGCGGGGAAAAAAUCGUUGGGGGUGUCAUUUGCCCAGGAAUUCUCUGCAGACUGUUAAUUAAUUUAACAUUGAUGAGAGACAACAGCCAGAAGUAAUUUUGAGGUGCUAAAAUGCCAAGGGACGACGUAAUGGAGUAAUUCGGUAUCACUCAGUGUCAGAAUCAUUGGAUGAGACACAACUGCGAUUGAUUAAAUCAGCUCCAGCCUGUCCAGACAAAGGGGAUACGUUAUUUCAUGGUGUGAGGGCCUCAUUGAGUAUUGGGAGAGAUUCAGGAAGCCUGAUUAUAAUUCGCACGGUUAUUUGGCACUGGCUGUGUGCUUGGCAUUAUCAUGUACAGCAUGAACUACAUUGGAAAGUUUAUCAGCAAUUUUCGGGAUUUUUACAACGAGAUUAAUGCUGCUACCUUGACUGGUGCGAUCGAUGUGAUUGUCGUUGAGCAGGAAGAUGGCUCAUUCAGUUGUUCACCAUUUCAUGUUAGAUUUGGAAAGCUCGGGGUUCUCAGAUCUCGAGAAAAAGUGGUGGAUAUAGAAAUUAAUGGUGAGCCUCAGCAGAUUCACAUGAAGCUGGGGGACUCGGGUGAGGCAUUUUUCGUCGAGGAAGUCCCCUAUGAUGGCUUUCACAGGAUUGCAGAGAUUCCACCGCACCUGGCGUGCUCACCGAUUCCAGAGGACAACUGCUUUCCACCCCCCAGGUUUCACCUGCUGUCGGAUCUUCCCAAGGAGCAGCACGAGAAGAUCCUGAGGGACUCGGUCAUUUCGAUUGAGCGUGAGAAGCUCGAGCAGAUGUCGUCUCUGCCUCCAGACCAGCGAGAGAAAUUUCUUAUCGAGCAAUUUUCAGAUCUCCCAGCUGAUGAACGAGACAAGUGGCUGGUUAUAGCAUCCAUGACCUAUGAGGAGAGAGAUAAGAUAUUCAAGGAGAGUGUCAGCACCAUGUCGACGCUCCAAAAGCAGCAGAUGAUCCGGGAUGAGUAUUCAGCGUUGAAGAUUGAGGACAGGGAGCGACUUUUCAAGGAGAAUUUUCCUGAGCUACCAGCUGAGCAAAGGCCAUCCUUCGAGAAGGCGUUGCUGAACGACUGGAGGUCCAAGGAUGAGAUCCAGGAGAAGGUGAUUGAAAAAAAUCCACCACAGAUUGAGGAGGAGAUCUUUGAUAUGGAUAAUAUCGAUGAGGAGCCGAAACCAGUGGUCUCCACUCCCAAGUCCUUCGUUGCUGUCACCUCCACGGAGAGGAUCAGAAAAAUAAGUGUUGUUAAUAACGACUUCAGACCCAUCUCCGAUGAUCCGCAGAGCAGUGCCAAGGAGAAAUCCAGUGAUGAAUCCAUUGUCAGCGCUGAAAAGAAGAAUGUCAAGGAGGAGGUGACAGAGGACACGAAGACACCAUCGAUGUCGAAGAGAAAGAGGAAGAGGAAGAGCAUUAUGAAGAAGAAGGGCUCACAGAGGAAGACGAGCAAUGGAAGCAGCAGUCAGACGGAGGUCAGUGAGAGCGAGAUUGUUGCUGAGGUGCCUCAGGUUGAGCCUGAGGAGAAAGAGUUGCCUGUUGAGGGUAAUCCCCCGCCGGACACUGACUUUCAUUUCUUCAGUGACACUGAGAUAACAAAGAACCGGGAUUCUAGGCCAAGUUCACCUGUGCAAUCGGAUACUGAGUUUGAGAUGAGGAAAAUCGAGCAGGAGGGAAAGGAGAGGGAUGAGGAUAAAGGACAUCAGCAAAGCUGGAGAUGGGGAGAGCUGCCUAGCCCUCCACCAGAGACACAUCCCAUGAGUUCAUCUGCUACUUCUGCACCUCAGAGUGAUGCUGAGGCACAGCGUUCAAUGCUCAGCGGUAUGUUCUCCUUCAUGAAGAAAACUUCGCGUGUUAGGCACAAUCCAGAAUCGGAGGGAAUUUAUCUCAGUGAUUUGAAUGCCGAUGAGUUGGAUCCAGAAGUUGCUGCGUUGUAUUUUCCAACUUCACAUCGUGGAGCUACCGUUGCCAAAGAGAGAAAAGCAAUGGACGAGGAAGACACGGAAUCAGGAAAUGGUCCGAGUUUACCCCAGAGUCCAAAUAGCGUAGAGGGUGCCAUUGGAGGUCCGAAAUCCCUAGAUAGUGAUUUUGAUGAGCAAAAGCAAUCCAUGUUCGAUUCAAAUUUCGAUGUGAGCCUAUCAUUGUGCGGUGGACUCGAUACUGAUAAUGGCCCCACCGAAGAAUCAUUUCAUCAGAAUCAACUGCGAUUCGAGGACAUUUGCACCGACAUUAAACUAUUCGAUAAUCCAAAUUUGGUUGUUAAGAUCAAUGGAAAGUUUUACAAUUGGACAAGUGCCUGUCCAAUUAUUGUCACAUUAGCUGCUUAUCAGAGGUGUUUGCCACAGCACACUAUUGAAAAUUUGUAUUCAUUGCCAAUGCAUCAAGAUAAAAAGGAGGGGAGUGUACUCCAGGAUGUGGGUAAGACUGAUGAGGUCAGGAGUAGUUACAGCUCUUGGUUCUCCUGGAGGAGAGCCUCCUCACAACCACCGAAAAAAUCAUCAGAGAUGAACGAAGAUGGAUCUAAAGGACACAUUUCAGAGCUCUCUAGUGAAUUAAAAUCCCCAGCAACAGCUGGCGAAUCUGGUCCUGAAACAACACAAGAAUUAAAAGAAGAAUCCCGUGAAGAUACUUCUGUCCAGCCGGAGGUGGAACUCCUGCUCUCCAGCAGCCCAGAGGAUCCAAAGGACUUAUCAAAGAUCUCGGAGAAAUCCGCAGAGCGUGAGGGAGAGGGUUACAGUGGCUCAGAAGAUUCAGACAGCAACCAGAACGAACCCCAGGGUGUGAAGAUUCCGAAGGAACGCAGGCCCUACUACGAACCCACCGAAAAAUACAGAAAAACAUUGAGAUUGUCAUCCGAGCAGAUAGCAAGCCUGAACCUGAAGGAGGGCCCCAACGAAGUAGUCUUCAGCGUGACAACUGCCUAUCAGGGUACCACCAGGUGCAAGUGCCACAUCUACAGAUGGAAGUGGAACGAUAAAAUCGUUAUUUCGGAUAUCGAUGGGACUAUUACAAAGUCAGAUGUCCUGGGACACAUUCUCCCGAUAGUGGGAAAAGAUUGGGCCCAAUCUGGAGUCGCUCAGCUCUUCACGAAAAUAAAAAAUAAUGGGUACAAACUGCUGUACCUGUCUGCUCGGGCUAUUGGUCAGGCAAGAGUCACCAGAGAGUACCUGAAGAGUAUAAAACAAGGGGAUCUUUCACUCCCUGAGGGACCACUGCUGCUCAAUCCCACUAGUUUGAUUUCUGCAUUCCACCGGGAGGUUAUUGAGAAGAAACCUGAGAGAUUCAAGAUUUCUUGUCUCAGUGACAUUCAGGCACUCUUCCCUGAUGGCUCUAAACCCUUUUAUGCUGGUUAUGGCAAUCGAAUCAAUGAUGUCUGGGCGUACAGAGCUGUUGGUAUUCCUAUCAUGAGAAUUUUCACGAUUAAUCAUCGUGGGGAGUUGAAGCACGAGCUGACGCAAACAUUCCAGUCAUCGUAUUCAAACAUGAGUUUCAUCGUCGAUCACCUGUUCCCGGCCCUUCGGGAGGACGCCGCCGAUGAGUUCAGCAAUUUUUCGUACUGGCGUGAUCCCAUUCAGGAGCUAUCGAACAUCGGAGAGAUUUUGAGCGAAGUAGUGGCGAUUCAGUAAUCCUACCGCUGAAAAUCCUAAAACCAAACUAAACUGCUUAUCUAUUUCGUUAUCAUUGUGUUCGUGGAAAUAACUGUCACUGAUUCGCGGAAUCGAGACUAUUACGAUGAUAAUAAUAGUAAAUAGUCGUCAAUCGCAUUCAACUUUUGUACUCUACGAAUUGAAAAAAUAAUGCAAAUCACUGUUCAAUCGCUUGAGGCAAAUACUUGGCGGAGAAAAAAUACUAUCGGAUCGUUAUUAUCCGUUGCUUUAUGUAUUUUCGUAGUGAGAUGAGUCAGCAGGAUGUGAAAUUGUGAAGAUGAUAGCAUUCCAAUGAUGGAUAUGUGAAUAGUGGGUUAAUUUAUUUAUUAUGAGUUGAUUAUUUUUGGUUUUGGAAAUGAGGGAAGAGGCCUACAAUGUUUCAUUCUGCCUUUUCAGGGAAUUUCUAGUCGAGAAAUUAAAUGGAUUUAAUCCUUAGAUUUAUUGAAAAUCGAGAUGUCAGUCUCCAGCAAUUGCCCCAUCAUUUUUUGAUAGUGAAAAAAAAUUAAUCGAAGGAAACUGUUACCUUUGUGUCUUUUUGGAGAUAAUUUAUAUUUAUUUUUGUACAAUUUACUCUCUCAAUUGGCACUUGGCUGCCACCUUAGACUUAAAUAACAGGAAAAAUUAUGAAGUGGACGUGAAUUCAUUGCGUUGUGAUAUUUGGAUGAAAUUUGCAGGCAGAAUUUAUCUCAAUUGAAUAUGCAAAGUUGUGAUUAUAACUUUUCACCCCUCGACAAGGGAAUUGACAAGAGUUAAAUAGUCACCAACUGAUUGUACGUUUUCUAUUUUUUGUGAUUAUUUUCUAUUUAUUUAAAAAUCUUGAAAACGGUGAUUUGUUUUCGUGGCAGAAUUGAAUUCGGAUGGUCGCAGUGCGAUUCUCUGUCUAACCAGAAUUUUCCUGGCUAAUGAUAAUUAAUUAAACAAAAAAUGACAAAAAAAAAGCUGUAGGCUAGCCGAAAGAUUCCGAUAGAUUAAUCGAAAUUGACGGAUUAAUCUUGUCGCCAAGUUUGUAAAUACUGUAGGCCAUUAUUAUUUCUUACAAUUAUCAUUAGAGUAGUUAUUUUUUUUUCAUGGAAUUUAUACUAUAGUUUGAAUGAAUUUAAUCCUGUAGUUCAGUUAAUUGAUUAUUAAUUUUUUUAUGGAUUGAAAAAUGAAGUUUGAUGGACCAGAUAGAUCUCACUCGCUGCACACGCUUAGCUAUACCGAAAGGUUUGAAAUCGUACUAAAGAAAUGUGUUUUUGUAUUCGGAGUAAGAUGUGAUGAAGCUGGAAAUAUUUUCCUCCAGGAGUUUCACUGUCCCUGGAAGUGUUCGAGCUUCAGCUAAAUGUCAUGAAUGUCUGUAGCAAAAAGAGAAAGAACAAGGAAAAUAUAUAAAGAGUAAUCAGCUUA